UAUAUUGUUCCCCUCUCGCUAACUUAAGCAUUAGAGGGACGAUGAGAUUUCGUCUCGUUGCCUUUGUUUCAAGUAUCGAAAGAAGUCGUUCAGGUUCAUCCUCAAUCAGAGUAUAGAACGUCGAAAAAGGGGUUCACUGAAGAAAUAGAGGAGACGAGACCUUAUAUCGGUAAAGGAAGUGUGAGGGGAAAAGAAAAGCAAUUCGCAAUUCUUAAAACCUGUGAGGAGAUCCGGAGAUGCAAUUUUGAAGAUGAAUAUGGUGAAGAAAUACACAAUAUUAUCCGCUCUUCAGACCAAGAAAGGGAAUUUUAGGUUGAACGAGGAAGCUUUAAUUAGGAAUCCAAUUGGACGCUGUUUGUUAAUGAAAUGUGCAUUAAUUGUAUGCCUCAUCAGAUUCUGUAAAUCUUCAAUUCUUCAGUGUUCAGCCCCUAUAAAUUCAUUUUCUUUUCCACCCUAAUCCGCCCACAGACACCUGGUUAAGCCCUAAUCCAUUUUUAUUCAAUUUCUUUUGUGCGGAGGCGACUGCAUCGAGGGAGGAAGGGAGCAAGUAGCAGCUUUCAGUCUUUACGGGAGAAUUCACAGUGAAGUUCAAUCUUGCGGAGAAGUCUUUGUACGUUUUUUGGAUUUCAUAUUUGCCUGCACAGGAUUCAAAAUCAAGCUUGAUGGAAGGUCAAAACAGUCGCAACAUUUACCCUGUUAAUUUUUAUCCUCAUCAGAUGUUCAAUGCCUGCAGUUCUGAUGCUCUAGAUAUUUCAUCAGGCUAUCGUGGUAACAGACCUGUGACGAUAGAUUUGAAUGCUCCAAUUUCUGAAUUGCCACAGCAAAUGAUAAAUUUGAAUGAAACAAAUAAUGACAAUUCUGGAGGCUUGGAAAUAGAUAGGGAAUUUGGAUCGGAACGCGAACCUUCACAUUUCAAGCUAUUUGGCAGGAGGGUGCUAGUGACACCUGGUGGACUUUCUUGGGAUCAACAUCAGCAAACAGACGACAUGUUUACUCUUGGUGCUGAAAAUUAUAUCCAAGAAAUAAAUUCUGCUCAAGGUACUUUUCCUUGGAGCAGGAACUUUUUUGGGUCCUCAAGUAGCUAUCCAAACAAUAAUCCUAUAAACACUGAGCACCUUAUAUUUGGAAACAGAAUUAAUGGGGGAAUUGCUGUGCAAGAAACUUCAAGCUUAGCAAGUCACAUGGACGGGAGUUCCAGAGAUAUCCAUGUUAGCAGAACAGAAAAUCGUUUGGAUAAUGUACCAACAAGCUCAAAUCUUUUUGAGGUUUCUGCUGCACUGUAUCCAGCCUCAUCCUAUUGGACGUCUUGGUUGACGAUUGAUCAUGUUGAGGCUGCUCUUAGGGACCUGCAGUGUCCUGCUUUGCCUAUUCAUAGCAUGGAGGAAUAUGGAGAUGGUUUUCCGAAUGUCGACGAUGAAUCCAUCAGGUCGAGAGGCAACAAUCACGAAAUUCAGUUUCAUGAUGACGUGGUUCAUGCAAGCGAGGGUAUGGCCUCAACAGAGAUGCUAGAAACGAGAGUAGGGGUUGCGAGAUCUGCUGAAGUUUUUUUGGAAGGAGGUCACACAAAUAGUGAGGGUUUUGAAGUCUAUUUUCCGCCAUUUUUCCUUGAGACACAGGAAACUUUCACUGCAGGAGAGAAUCUAAUCACUGAUGGGGAAGAUGAUGCGUAUGCAGAGAUAGAUCUUGAUGCAACUGAGCAUCCUUCACAGGAGGAAGAAGCAAGAGAUGAGGUUGUGCGUGUAAAUGUUGACAAUUCAACAUUCGAAGAGGAUCAUUAUGAGUUAGAAGAUUAUGACAUGAACGAAGAUAUGGAGCUUGAUGUAGAUGAUAUGUCUUAUGAGGAAUUAUUGGCCCUCGAAGAGCAAAUUGGAAGUGUUAGCACUGGAUUGAGAGAGGAGGAAAUUUUCUGGCGCUUAAAAUGGUACCGGCACAUUGCUUUCCUAUCAUCUUCUCCAAAAGAGGACCUCUGUUGUAUAUGUUUGGAUGAAUACAUCGAGGGUCAGGAUAUCGGGGAACUGGACUGUUGCCACAAAUUUCACCAUGACUGCAUCAAGAAGUGGCUCAUGCAGAAAAAUACCUGCCCCAUGUGCAAAAGGACUGGCUUGGCAAAUUGAAAAGGAAUUUUCAGGAUUCAACAUAUUACCAAAAUGCAAAUUUUCUAUUGAUAGAGAAAUCUAUCUGUUCUGCAAUGAGAUUUUGGUUAGAUAUUUUCUAUUGAUGACAAUAACUAGACAAGGAAGUUUUGAUUUUGAACAUUGAUACAAUUCCGCCAUGAAACUUCAACUUAUCAUCUGUUUUUUGUAAGCCUUAUUUAUAAUUUAUAGUGUGUAAAAUCUUGAUAUGACUUUGAGCUCUCUUUUUCUUUGUUGGUGUAUGAAAAGUGAAAACAUGUUAAGUUUGUA